UAUAUUGUUUAUUUUUUUCCACUUAUAUAUGAUGUAAUCGAACAAGAAAAUCAACUAUAGAAGAAGAUCUGAUUUGGGGAAAUUAAGAAUCAUUUAAGGGGAGUAAUCUUGCCAGGAAAAUGGCCAAAGAGAAUCAGCAUAUAAUAUUGGCUCCUUCAGGCAAUGAUGAGAAAAAGAUCAUUCGUAGGGAAGUUGAAAAACAAAGGAGGAUGGAAAUGUCUAUUUUAUGUUCAUCACUUCGUUCUUCACUCCCUUCUCACCUCAUCAAGGGAAAGCGUUCAGUAUCAGAUCACAUAAAUGAGGCUGCAAAUUAUAUCGAAGAUUUGAAGAAGAAAAUUAAUAGACUGGAAAUAAAGAGAGACAAGCUGAAAAUGAAAUCAAGUAUGGUUGAAAGUGGAAAUGAAUUAUCAGGAGAUAUUCGUAAUUCAAGUGUAGUGAAGUGUGUGAAAAUGAAUGUGAUUCGAGAUGGGGUGGAAAUUGUUAUAUGUAGUGGAUUCCAUGAUUGUAGUAGUUCAUCCCCUUUAUCAGAUUUAAUGGAAAUAAUAGUUGAAGAAGGAUGUGAUGUUGUUAAUUGUGUUACCAAUCAAGUAAAUGGGAAGACAUUUCAUACUAUUAAGUCUGAGGUGGAGGACAUGACACGUCUUGAUCUUGCUCGGCUACAAAACAAACUGGAUUAUGCAAUCUUAUUGUAAGGAAAAAUCGUCUCAAUGGAUUAAGAAAGAGAUUGUGGAAAAGUAUAACAUCUUCAAUAGGGUGUUGAUGAUUUCUUUGGAGCUUGGACGUUCUAAUCAUUGAAAGAUCGAAGAAGAUAUCAUAUACAAAGAUCGAAGAAGAUAGCAUAUACAAGGAGAUCUAGCUUUCAACAAUUUAAUGUAACCAAUUGUUAACAUACCAUAAAUAUUCA